AUGUAAAAACUUAUAAUAAUCCUAUUAUUAAUAACCUUUGUUUUUGGUCUAAAAGUCCUCGAACACUAAUGUGGCCAUGAUAAAUUUAGAGAAAACUAUAAAUAUGAAUCAAUCCCUUAAGAUCCUGUCGAAGAAUCUUCAGAUAUUCGUAAUUUAUAAAAUAAAUAAGCUCUUCCAAAAAAAGAAACAGAUAUGAGAUUUAAAUACAGUAAUAAAAAAUGUGGAUUAGUUCCAAUUCCUGAUAUAGACAGAAGUUAGGGAAAAAAUUCUGAUUUACAUUUAUAUAUAUCAUAUACAGUUGAACGAGGUAAAAAUACUUUAGCUCAUGCUGGUUGGUGUUAAUUUAUAGAUAAUUUAGGACCUACUCAUGGUACAGUUAACUUUAAUUUAGGUUUAUUAGCUGCCAAAAUCUGGAAGAUCCUGUUGAAUUUGAAGAUUUAAUGGAAAUAGUUAUCCAUGAAAUGA